AACAGCUAAGACCUGACCCCCCUGACUUGCACCAGAUCCUCCAGAUAGAUCCAGACACCUUGAGACAGGAGACCCUAGUGGACCCUGACCUGGCUAGGCUUAGGCAGCCUGACCUGGCUAGGCAGACGUUCGGGAACCAGGAGAAAAGGG